AUGGGUGACCCCAGCGGGUGUCGGGCGCUGGCCUGGGCCCUCCUGGCCCUGCUCUGGGUGCCGAAGGCAGCCCAGCGCACGAUCUUCCUCCCGCCCAUCACCGUCCUCCCUACCAUGAGCCCCCUGAACCCGGCGCACAACGGGCGGGUCUGCAGCACGUGGGGCGACUUCCACUACAAGACCUUCGACGGCGACGUGUUCCGCUUCCCCGGCCGCUGCAACUACGUCUUCUCGGCGCACUGCGGGGCCGCCUACGAGGACUUCAACGUCCAGCUGCGCCGCGGCCUGGCCGGCUCCAGGCCCACCAUCACCCACGUGGUCCUCAAGGCCCAGGGGCUGGUGCUGGAGGUGUCCAACGGCUCCGUCCUCAUCGACGGGCGGCGGGAGGAGCUGCCCUUCAGCCGGGCGGGGCUGCUGGUGGAGCAGAGCAGCGACUACGUCAAGGUCAGCGUCCGGCUGGUGCUCACCUUCAUGUGGAACGGCGAGGACAGCGCCCUGCUGGAGCUGGACCCCAAGUACGCCAACCAGACGUGUGGCCUCUGUGGGGACUUCAACGGGCUCCCGGCCGUGAACGAGUUCUACGCCCACAACGCCAGGCUGACACCUCUGCAGUUCGGGAACCUGCAGAAGCUGGACGGGCCCACGGAGCAGUGCCAGGACCCCCAGCCCGGCCCGGCCGACAACUGCACGGACGCGGAGGACCUCUGCCGCCGCACCCUGCUGGGCCCGGCCUUCGCCCAGUGCAACGGGCUGGUGGCCGCCGACGAGUACGUGGCCGCCUGCGCCCAGGACCUGUGCCGCUGCCCCACCUGCCCGUGCGCCACCUUCGCGGAGUACUCCCGCCAGUGCGCCCACGCGGGGGGGCAGCCUCAGAACUGGAGGGGCCCCGACCUCUGCCCCCGGACGUGCCCCCUCAACAUGCAGCACCAGGAGUGCGGCUCGCCCUGCGCGGACACCUGCUCCAACCCCGACCGCGCCCAGCUCUGCGAGGACCACUGCGUGGACGGCUGCUUCUGCCCCCCAGGCACAGUGCUCGAUGACGUCACCCACACCGGCUGCCUGCCCCUGCAGCGCUGCCCCUGCACCCACAGCGGCCGCACCUACGCCCCGGGGGCCUCCUUCACCACCAGCUGCAGCUCCUGCACCUGCUUGGGGGGACUGUGGCAGUGCCAGGAGCUCCCGUGCCCGGGCACCUGCUCCGUCCAGGGCGGCUCCCACAUCUCCACCUACGACGAGAAACUCUACGGCAUGCACGGCGACUGCAGCUACGUCCUGUCCAAGAAAUGUGCAGACAGCGGCUUCACGGUGCUGGCCGAGCUGCGGAAGUGCGGCCUGACAGACAACGAGAACUGCCUCAAGACGGUGACCCUGAGCAUGGACGGCGGGGACACGGUCAUCCAGAUCCAGGCCAGUGGCGGGGUGUUCAUGAACUCCAUCUACACCCAGCUGCCCGUGUCCGCAGCCAACAUCACCAUAUUCCGGCCCUCGACCUUCUUCAUCCUGGUGCAGACGGGCCUCGGGCUGCAGCUGGAGGUGCAGCUGGUGCCCCUCAUGCAGCUGGUCCUCAGGCUGGACCCCGCCUACCGAGGCCAGAUGUGCGGCCUCUGCGGGAACUUCAACCAGAACCAGGCGGACGACUUCCUCAGCCUCAGCGGCGUGGUGGAGGGCACGGCCGCCGCCUUCGCCAACACCUGGAAGACCCAGGCCGCCUGCCCCAACGUCAGGAACAGCUUGGAGGACCCCUGCGCCCUGAGCGUGGAGAACGAGAACUACGCCCGGCACUGGUGCUCCCUGCUCACCGACCCGGCCGGUGCCUUCUCCCCCUGCCACUCCGUCAUCAGCCCCACACCCUUCCACUCGAACUGCCUGUUCGACACGUGCAACUGCGAGAAGAGCGAGGACUGCCUGUGCGCCGCGCUGUCCGCCUACGUCCGCGCCUGCGCCGCCCGGGGCGUGCUGCUCCGCGGCUGGAGGGCCGGCGUCUGCACCAAGUACACGAGCACCUGCCCUAAGUCCCAGCGCUACGCCGACGUGGUGGACCGCUGCCAGCCCACCUGCCGCGCCCUGGGCCAGGCUGACGUCACCUGCGGCGUGGCCUUCGUGCCCGUGGACGGCUGCACCUGCCCCGACGGCACCUUCCUGGACGACGCGGGCAGCUGCGUGCCCGCCGAGGCCUGUCCCUGCUACUUCCGCGGCUCCGUGGUGGCCCCCGGGGAGGUGGUGCACGACCACGGCGUGGUGUGCUCCUGCGCGAGUGGGAAGCUGAGCUGCCUGGGCGCCGUGGAGCAGACCAGCACAGGCUGCGCGGCCCCCAUGGUGUACCUGGACUGCAGCAACGCCUCGGCGGGCACGCCGGGCGCCGAGUGCCUCCGGAGCUGCCACACGCUGGACGUGGACUGUUUCAGCACUCACUGCGUGUCCGGCUGCGUCUGCCCCCCGGGGCUGGUGUCCGACGGGAGCGGGGGCUGCGUGGCCGAGGAGGACUGCCCCUGUCUGCACAACGACGCCGCCUACAGGCCUGGGGACUCCAUCAGGGUCGACUGCAACACCUGCACCUGCCGGAACCGCAAGUGGGAGUGCAGCAGCCGGCCCUGCCUGGGCACCUGCGUGGCCUACGGGGACGGCCACUUCAUCACCUUCGACGGCGAGCGGUACAAUUUCGAGGGCAGCUGCGAGUACACGCUGGCCCAGGACUACUGCGGAGGCAACGGCACCAACGGGACCUUCCGCAUCGUCACCGAGAACAUCCCCUGCGGGACCACGGGGGUCGCCUGCUCCAAGGCCAUCAAGCUCUUCCUGGAGAACUAUGAGCUGAUCCUCCACGAGGGCACCUACAAGGUGGUGCAGAGGGGCCCGGGCGCAGACCUGCCCUACAGGAUCCGGUACAUGGGCACCCACCUGGCCAUCGAGACCCGCAGCGGCCUGGUCGUGUCCUGGGACCGGAGGACCAGCGUGUUCAUCCGGCUGCACCAGGAUCACAAGGGGCGGGUCUGCGGGCUGUGCGGGAACUUCGACGACAACGCCGUCAACGACUUCACCACACGCAGCCAGUCCGUGGUGGGCGACGCCCUGGAGUUCGGCAACAGCUGGAAACUCUCCCCCACCUGCCCCGACGCCCCGGCCCCCCGGGACCCCUGCACCGCCAACCCCUACCGCAAGUCCUGGGCGCAGCGGCAGUGCAGCCUCAUCAACAGCGCCACCUUCCAGGCCUGCCGUGCUCAGGUCGACUCCACCAAGUACUACGAGGCCUGCGUGAGCGACGCGUGCGCCUGCGACUCCGGGGGCGACUGCGAGUGUUUCUGCACCGCCGUGGCCGCCUACGCCCAGGCCUGCCGGGACGCGGGCGUGUGCGUGGCCUGGCGCACCCCAGAAGUCUGCCCCUUGUUCUGCGACUACUACAACCCCCACGGGGAGUGCGAGUGGCACUACCAGCCCUGCGGGGCGCCCUGCCUGCGGACCUGCCGCAACCCCAGUGGACGCUGCCUGAUGGACCUGCCAGGCCAGGAAGGCUGCUACCCGAAGUGUCCGCCCAGCAAGCCGUUCUUCAGUGAGGACCAGAUGAGGUGUGUGGCCCAGUGUGGCUGCUACGAUGACGACGAGAACUACUACGAUGUUGGUACCAAGGUCCCCACGGCAGAGAACUGCCAGAGCUGUAACUGCACCCCGGGCGGCGUCCAAUGCACAUACAGCCUCGCGGCCUGCACGUGCACGUACGAGGGCAGGACCUACAGCUACGAGGACGUCGUCUACAACACGACCGACGGGCUGGGUGCCUGCUUGGUGGCUGUCUGCGGGAGCAACGGGACCAUCACGCGGACGACCGUGGAAUGUCGCGUCACGCCGUCCACCACGCCUUUCACCUUCACCUCGACGGCGGCUCCGCCCUCCACGACAGGUCCGGUCCCCACGCUCUCCACCGUGUGCGUGCAAGAGCUGUGCCACUGGUCUGCCUGGUACGACAGCGGCCGCCCGGAGCCGGGCAUGGGAGGUGGGGACUUCGAGACAUUUGCAAACCUGAGGCAGAGGGGUCACCAGGUCUGCCCGGCGCCAGCCGGAGUCGAGUGCCGUGCACAGCUGCUUCCAGACACGCCCCUGGAGCAGCUGGGCCAGAAGGUGGAGUGCAGCCCCCGGCUCGGGCUCAGGUGCCUCAACAGCGAGCAGGACCCUCCGCUCUGCCACAACUAUGAGCUGCGGGUGCUCUGCUGCGACUACGUGCCCUGCGGCACCAGCCAGAAGCCGACCCUCCUGCCCCGGCCCACCUCCCCCGUCCAGGCGACCACAGCCCUGACCUCACCGACGACACAGACCCGGGUGACAAGCGGCUCCGAGGUCCCCGGCACCACCUGCCAGCCCCGCUGUCAGUGGACGGAGUGGUUCGAUGAGGAUUACCCCAAGUCCGAGGAGGCUGGGGGCGACAUCGAGUCAUACGACAGGAUCAGGAGCGCGGGGGGCGACGUGUGCGAGCGGCCGCAGGACAUAGAGUGCCGGGCGGUGAACUUCCCGGACAGGAGGCCCGAGGAGCUGGGGCAGCUCGUGCACUGCGACCCCAGCUUCGGCCUGGUCUGCAGGAAUGACGAGCAGAUGGGCCUAUUCAAGAUGUGCUACAACUACCGGAUCCGUCUGCUGUGCUGCAGCCACAGCCACUGCGGGGAGCCCACCCCUGCCACCGCCAGUGCCGCCACAGCCACCUCCACCUCCAUCGCCACCACCACCUCCACUGCUACCCCUGCCACCGCCAGCGCCACCAUGGCCACAGCCACCACCACCUCCACUACUGCCACUGCCACCACUGAAGCCACCAGCAGCCAGGGCACGACUGGCUGCGAGCCCAAGUGCGAGUGGACAGAAUGGUUUGACGUGGACUUCCCCACCUCGGGGGUCACGGGCGGAGACAUGGAGACCUACGACAACAUCAGGGCCGCUGGCGGCAAGAUGUGCCGGGAGCCGCGGAAGAUUGAGUGCCGGGCAGAGAACUACCCGGAGGUGAGCCUGGACCAGAUCGGGCAGGUGGUGAGCUGCAGCCUGCAGGCCGGGCUGGUCUGCAGGAACCGGGACCAGAGGGGGCCGUUCACCAUGUGCUUCAACUACAACGUCCGUGUGCUCUGCUGCGACGGCGCCGGCCGCUGCCCCACCUCCACCGCUCCCCCGCCCGUGCCGUCCACCUGGGGCCUGACCACGACGGCCGGGCCUGCCUCGUCCAGUGCCCCCCACACAGCCACCCUGGCCACCUCCCCCAUACAGACCACACCUGAGUCCUUGGCCACCAGCCCCUCCUUGGGGACCACCCUGCCCUCCAGCUCCUGGAAGCCCAGCUCCGUCUCACCCACACCAAUGUCCCCGACCUCGGGGCCCUGCACGCCACAGUGCACGUGGACAGACUGGUUCGACGUGGACUAUCCCUCUCUGGGCCCCAAUGGCGGCGACUUUGAGACCUACACCAACAUCCGGGAGGCGGGCGGGCUCCUCUGCGAGCGGCCCCUGGACCUGGAGUGCCGGGCCUCGUCGCUACCCGACGUGCCCCUGCGGCAGCUGGGCCAGGUGGUGCGGUGCCGGCUGGAGGAGGGCCUGGUGUGCCGCAACCGCGACCAGGACAGCUGGUUCAAGGUGUGCCUCAACUACCAAGUCCGCGUGCUCUGCUGUGACGACUACCGCCACUGCCCCAGCACCCCGGCCACCACCACAGUGACUCUCCCGGGGCCCAGCCCGAGGCCGCUCUCCCCAACAGCCUCCAGUCCUACCAUCCCCCACACAGCCCGAACCACAGCGACGACCAGCUGCCAGCCGACAUGCCGCUGGACCGACUGGCUGGACACAGACCAGCCCCUGCCUGGCCGCUAUGGGGGCGACAUUGAGACCUACUACCACAUCAGGCAGGCGGGCGGGCAGCUCUGCGAGGAGCCGGACGCCAUCCAGUGCGAGGCCGUCCUGUCGCCAGGGGUGCCCCUGGAGGCGCUGGGCCAGGUGGUACAGUGCGCCCGUGAGUAUGGCUUCAUCUGCAGGAACAGUCGGCAGCGGGCGGGCGAGUCCUGCCUCAACUACCACAUCCGCGUGCACUGCUGCGAUGACUACAGCCACUGCCACUCCACACCCGGCACCACGGCGGUCGCCUCCCCGUCUUCAGGGGGCACCCUCACCCCAGUGAGGCCCACCACCAGGGCCACCACCCUUGUGAGGCCCUCCACGGCCUCCAGCGGCACCUCCCCGGCCAGUGAGCCCACCACCAGGCCCUGGGAGACCCUGUCUGGACGCACCAGCACUGUGACCAGCACCACCAGGGCCACCUCAAGCCCAGGGGCCAGCACCAGACCCUCCCCAUCGACCCCCAUUCCCGUGACCACCAGCUCCCUGCAGGGCACCACCCCGGGCCCUUCUACAGCCGUCCCCACGGCUACAGGCUCUGCGAUUAAGGCUCCCACCUCGUCCAUCACGACCUCCAGCACCACGACCUCCGUGGCCACGCCCACUGCCUGUCAGCCUCGCUGUGCCUGGACCGACUGGCUGGACCAGAGCUACCCCAUGCCCGGCGCCUCCGGAGGGGACUUUGAGACCUACGCCAACAUGCAGGCAGCCGGCAGGCCCGUCUGCGCGCGGCCCGAGGGCCUGGAGUGUCGGGCCCAGAGGCUGCCCGACGUGCCCCUGGAGCAGCUGGGCCAGGUGGUGCAGUGCCAGCUGGAGGAGGGCCUGGUGUGCCGCAACCGCGACCAGGGCGGCCGCUUCAAGAUGUGCUUCAACUACCAGAUCCGCGUGCUCUGUUGUGACGACUACAGCCACUGCCCCAGCACGGCCAUGCCCACCAGCACAGCCAUGCCCACCAGUACGGGCCAGCGGACUUCCGGGCCCACCGAGGUCAGCACCACGGCCACCACCCUGUCACCCCACUCGUCCCCCAGGAUCACAGAGAGUGUCCCGGCCACCCAGACGGCUCGCACCUCCCUCAGGACCACCCAGUGGCGCUCUGUCCCAAGUCCCUCUGCCUCCACAGGGACCCUGACCACAACUGCCAAGCCAGCCUCGCCCAGUGCCCCCCACGUGGCCACCUCCCCCAUUCAGACCACCCCUGGGACCCCAUCCUCCAGUUCCAUCUUUGGGACCUCCCUGCCCACCAGCUCCCUGAGGCCGACCCCGACAUCCACGACCUCCAUGACCUCCACGACCCGUGGGGCCUGCACGCCACGGUGCACGUGGACAGACUGGCUCGACGAGGACUACCCCACCCCGGUUCCCGACGGCGGGGACUUUGAGACCCUCUCUGUCCUCCGCGCUGCCGGCCACAGCUUCUGCGAGCAGCCUCAGGACAUCGAGUGCCGAGCAGAGAAGUUGCCGGACGCGAGCCUGGAGGACGUGGGCCAGGUGGUGCAGUGCGACGUGCGCUUCGGGCUGGUGUGCCGCAACCGCGACCAGGGCGGCCGCUUCAGGAUGUGCCUCAACUACCACGUGCAUCUGCUCUGCUGUGACUACAGCCACUGCCCCUCCACGCCCGGCACCACGGUGGUCCCCUCCCCGUCUUCAGGAGGCACCCUCACCCCGGUGACGCCCACCACGAGGGCCACCACCCUUGUGGGGCCCUCCACUGCCUCCAGCGGCACCUCCCCGGCCAGUGAGCCCACCACCAGGCCCUGGAAGACCCUGUCUGGACGCACCAGCACUGUGACCAGCACCACCAGGGCCACCUCCAGCCCAGGGGCCAGCACCAGACCCUCCCCAUCGACCCCCAUUCCCGUGUCCACCAGCUCCCUGCCGGGCACCACCCCGGGCCCUUCUACAGCCGUCCCCACAGCUACAGGCUCUGCGAUUAAGGCUCCCACCUCGUCCAUCACGACCUCCAGCACCACGACCUCUGUGGCCACGCCCACUGCCUGUCAGCCUCGCUGUGCCUGGACCGACUGGCUGGACCAGAGCUACCCCAUGCCCGGCGCCUCCGGAGGGGACUUUGAGACAUACGCCAACAUGCAGGCAGCCGGCAGGCCCGUCUGCGCGCGGCCCGAGGGCCUGGAGUGCCGGGCCGAGAGGCUGCCCGACGUGCCCCUGGAGCAGCUGGGCCAGGUGGUGCAGUGCCAGCUGGAGGAGGGCCUGGUGUGCCGCAACCGCGACCAGGGCGGCCGCUUCAAGAUGUGUUUCAACUACCAGAUCCGCGUGCUCUGCUGUGACGACUACAGCCACUGCCCCAGCACGGCCAUGCCCACCAGCACGGCCACGCCCACCAGCACGGGCCAGCGGACUUCCGGGCCCACCGAGGUCAGCACCACGGCCACCACCCUGUCACCCCACUCGUCCCCCAGGAUCACAGAGAGUGUCCCGGCCACCCAGACGGCUCGCACCUCCCUCAGGACCACCCAGUGGCGCUCUGUCCCAAGUCCCUCUGCCUCCACAGGGACCCUGACCACAACUGCCAAGCCAGCCUCGCCCAGUGCCCCCCACGUGGCCACCUCCCCCAUUCAGACCACCCCUGGGACCCCAUCCUCCAGUUCCAUCUUUGGGACCUCCCUGCCCACCAGCUCCCUGAGGCCGACCCCGACAUCCACGACCUCCAUGACCUCCACGACCCGUGGGGCCUGCACGCCACGGUGCACGUGGACAGACUGGCUCGACGAGGACUACCCCACCCCGGUUCCCGACGGCGGGGACUUUGAGACCCUCUCUGUCCUCCGCGCUGCCGGCCACAGCUUCUGCGAGCAGCCUCAGGACAUCGAGUGCCGAGCAGAGAAGUUGCCGGACGCGAGCCUGGAGGACGUGGGCCAGGUGGUGCAGUGCGACGUGCGCUUCGGGCUGGUGUGCCGCAACCGCGACCAGGGCGGCCGCUUCAGGAUGUGCCUCAACUACCACGUGCGUCUGCUCUGCUGUGACUACAGCCACUGCCCCUCCACGCCCGGCACCACGGUGGUCCCCUCCCCGUCUUCAGGAGGCACCCUCACCCCGGUGACGCCCACCACCAGGGCCACCACCCUUGUGGGGCCCUCCACUGCCUCCAGCGGCACCUCCCCGGCCAGUGAGCCCACCACCAGGCCCUGGAAGACCCUGUCUGGACGCACCAGCACUGUGACCAGCACCACCAGGGCCACCUCAAGCCCAGGGGCCAGCACCAGACCCUCCCCAUCGACCCCCAUUCCCGUGACCACCAGCUCCCUGCCGGGCACCACCCCGGGCCCUUCUACAGCCGUCCCCACGGCUACAGGCUCUGCGAUUAAGGCUCCCACCUCGUCCAUCACGACCUCCAGCACCACGACCUCUGUGGCCACGCCCACUGCCUGUCAGCCUCGCUGUGCCUGGACCGACUGGCUGGACCAGAGCUACCCCAUGCCCGGCGCCUCCGGAGGGGACUUUGAGACAUACGCCAACAUGCAGGCAGCCGGCAGGCCCGUCUGCGCGCGGCCCGAGGGCCUGGAGUGCCGGGCCGAGAGGCUGCCCGACGUGCCCCUGGAGCAGCUGGGCCAGGUGGUGCAGUGCCAGCUGGAGGAGGGCCUGGUGUGCCGCAACCGCGACCAGGGCGGCCGCUUCAAGAUGUGUUUCAACUACCAGAUCCGCGUGCUCUGUUGUGACGACUACAGCCACUGCCCCAGCACGGCCAUGCCCACCAGCACGGCCACGCCCACCAGCACGGCCACGCCCACCAGCACGGCCAUGCCCACCAGCACAGCCAUGCCCACCAGCACGGGCCAGCGGACUUCCGGGCCCACCGAGGUCAGCACCACAGCCACCACCAUGUCACCCCACUCGUCCCCCAGGAUCACAGAGAGUGUCCCGGCCACCCAGACGGCUCGCACCUCCCUCAGGACCACCCAGUGGCGCUCUGUCCCAAGUCCCUCUGCCUCCACAGGGACCCUGACCACAACUGCCAAGCCAGCCUCGCCCAGUGCCCCCCACGUGGCCACCUCCCCCAUUCAGACCACUCCUGGGACCCCGUCCUCCAGUUCCACCCCUGGGACCACCCUGCACACCAGCUCCCUGAAGCCGACCAUGACCUCCAUGACCUCCAUGACCUCCACGACCUCCAUGGCCUCCAUGACCUCUGUGACCUGCACGCCACGGUGCCUGUGGACUGACUGGUAUGACGCUGACUAUCCCACGCCCGGACACGAUGGCGGGGACUUUGAGACCCUCUCUGUCCUCCGCGCUGCCGGCCACAGCUUCUGCGAGCAACCUCAGGACAUCGAGUGCCGAGCAGAGAAGUUGCCGGACGCGAGCCUGGAGGACGUGGGCCAGGUGGUGCAGUGCGACGUGCGCUUCGGGCUGGUGUGCCGCAACCGCGACCAGGGCGGCCGCUUCAGGAUGUGCCUCAACUACCACGUGCGUCUGCUCUGCUGUGACUACAGCCACUGCCCCUCCACGCCCGGCACCACGGUGGUCCCCUCCCCGUCUUCAGGGGGCACCCUCACCCCGGUGACGCCCACCACCAGGGCCACCACCCUUGUGGGGCCCUCCACUGCCUCCAGCGGCACCUCCCCGGCCAGUGAGCCCACCACCAGGCCCUGGAAGACCCUGUCUGGACGCACCAGCACUGUGACCAGCACCACCAGGGCCACCUCAAGCCCAGGGGCCAGCACCAGACCCUCCCCAUCGACCCCCAUUCCCGUGACCACCAGCUCCCUGCAGGGCACCACCCCGGGCCCUUCUACAGCCGUCCCCACGGCUACAGGCUCUGCGAUUAAGGCUCCCACCUCGUCCAUCACGACCUCCAGCACCACGACCUCCGUGGCCACGCCCACUGCCUGUCAGCCUCGCUGUGCCUGGACCGACUGGCUGGACCAGAGCUACCCCAUGCCCGGCGCCUCCGGAGGGGACUUUGAGACCUACGCCAACAUGCAGGCAGCCGGCAGGCCCGUCUGCGCGCGGCCCGAGGGCCUGGAGUGCCGGGCCGAGAGGCUGCCCGACGUGCCCCUGGAGCAGCUGGGCCAGGUGGUGCAGUGCCAGCUGGAGGAGGGCCUGGUGUGCCGCAACCGCGACCAGGGCGGCCGCUUCAAGAUGUGUUUCAACUACCAGAUCCGCGUGCUCUGCUGUGACGACUACAGCCACUGCCCCAGCACGGCCAUGCCCACCAGCACGGCCACGCCCACCAGCACGGGCCAGCGGACUUCCGGGCCCACCGAGGUCAGCACCACGGCCACCACCCUGUCACCCCACUCGUCCCCCAGGAUCACAGAGAGUGUCCCGGCCACCCAGACGGCUCGCACCUCCCUCAGGACCACCCAGUGGCGCUCUGUCCCAAGUCCCUCUGCCUCCACAGGGACCCUGACCACAACUGCCAAGCCAGCCUCGCCCAGUGCCCCCCACGUGGCCACCUCCCCCAUUCAGACCACCCCUGGGACCCCGUCCUCCAGUCCCAUCUUUGGGACCUCCCUGCCCACCAGCUCCCUGAGGCCGACCCCGACAUCCACGACCUCCAUGACCUCCACGACCCGUGGGGCCUGCACGCCACGGUGCACGUGGACAGACUGGCUCGACGAGGACUACCCCACCCCGGUUCCCGACGGCGGGGACUUUGAGACCCUCUCUGUCCUCCGCGCUGCCGGCCACAGCUUCUGCGAGCAGCCUCAGGACAUCGAGUGCCGAGCAGAGAAGUUGCCGGACGCGAGCCUGGAGGACGUGGGCCAGGUGGUGCAGUGCGACGUGCGCUUCGGGCUGGUGUGCCGCAACCGCGACCAGGGCGGCCGCUUCAGGAUGUGCCUCAACUACCACGUGCGUCUGCUCUGCUGUGACAGCCACUGCCCGUCCUCAGCCCCGGAGACCACCAUGUCCCCGUGGCUCCCCAGCACCCCUGAGCCCAGCGCCUCACCCAGCCCACCCGUCUCUACCACACCCUGCCGGUGCCGGGCGUUUGGACAGCUGUUCUCACCAGGGGACGUCGUCUACAACAGGACCGACAAGGCUGGCUGCCACUUCUACGCCAUCUGCAACCAGCACUGCGAGCUCGACCGCUUCCAGGGCGCCUGCCCCACCUCCUCGCCCCAGGAGCUCCUGACGGCGACCUGGGUGCCCCUGACCUUUCCAUCUCCUGGCUGUGACCUUGUGGACCCUCCCCGCCAGGUGAAUGAGACCUGGACGCUGGAGGACUGCACGGUGGCGCGGUGCGAGGGCGACAACCACAUCGUCCUGCUGGAGCCACAGCCCGUGGCCCAGGUCUCCUGUGUGAACGGACACCUGCCGGUCAAGGUGCAGAGCCCGCAGGAGCCCUGCCAGUUCCACUACGAGUGCGAAUGCUCCUGCAGCAGCUGGGGGGACUCCCACUACAUCACCUUCGACGGCACCCCCUACUCCUUCCGGGACAACUGCACGCACGUGCUCAUGAGAGAGAUCUGGCCCCGGCACGGGAACCUCACCAUCCUCCUGGACAACCACCACUGCGGGGCCGCGGCCUCCGCCAGCUGCCCGCGCGCCCUCAGCAUCCGCUAUGAGUCCUCAGAGGUCGUCCUCACCACCGAGACUGCAGCCAGCGGGCAGGAGGAGGGCCUGAUCCUGUUCGACCACGUGCGGGUGAGCCAGGGCUUCAGCAAGGACGGCGUGAGCGUGUCCAUGACGGCGAGCACCACGAUGCGUGUGGACAUCCCAGCCGUCGGGGCCAGCAUCACCUUCGACGGGCAGGUCUUCCAAGUCCAGCUGUCCUACAGCCACUUCAGCCACAACACCGAGGGCCAGUGCGGCACCUGCACCAACAGCAAGACGGACGACUGCCGCCUGCCUGACGGCACCAUCGCCCCCACCUGCCAGGACAUGGCCAGCGCCUGGCUGGUCCCCGAGACCAACAAGGAAGGCUGCUGGGCACCCACAGGCCCGCCCGCGACCACCAGCCCCCCAUCCCCGGCACCCACCAAGCCCACCUCCACCCCAUGCCCCCCAGCGCCCCUCUGCGAGCUGAUGCUGAGCCACCUCUUCGCCGAGUGCCACAACCUCAUCCCGCCCGGCCUGUUCUUCAGCGCCUGCGUCCAGGACGCCUGCCAGGCCGGCCACCCCGGGGUGCCCUGCCAGAGCCUGGAGGCCUACGCGGCGCUCUGCCGUGCCCGGGGCGCCUGCAGCGACUGGCGAAACGCCACCGGCGGGUUGUGCGAGCUCCCCUGCCCACCCGAGAAGGUGUACAAGCCGUGCGGCCCAGUGCAGCCCGCGUCCUGCGACUUCAGGACCCAGAGCCCGGAGAGCACGGGGCUGGCGGAGGGCUGCUUCUGCCCCGACGGACAGACCCUCUUCAACUCCCACACGGAUGUCUGUGUGCCCGAGUGCCCCUGCGUGGGACCAGAUGGGUUCCCCAAAUUUCCUGGAGAGCGAUGGGUCAGCAACUGCCAGGCCUGCGUGUGCGACGUGGGCUCCGUGUCGGUGCAGUGCGUGCCCGUGCAGUGUGAUGCCCGGGAACUGCCCCGCGAGUGCGGCCAGACUGGCUUCGUGGCCGUGACCAGGCCCCUGGCGGACAACCCGUGCUGCCAGGAGACGCUGUGUGUCUGCAACACGACCAGCUGCCCCCAGAGCACCCCGGCAUGUGGGCCAGGAGAGGAGCUCGCCCCCAUCCAGGAGGAGGGCGGCUGCUGCACAACCUUCAGCUGCCGGCCCAAGCUGUGCACCUACAACGGCACUGUCUAUGGGGUCGGUGCAACCUUCCCAGCGGCCACUCCCUGCCACACGUGCACCUGCCUGUCCGAGGACGCCCAGGGCCCCACUGUGCAGUGUGCAGAGGACAUCUGCAACACCACCUGUCCCCUGGGUUUCGAGUAUGUGACGGUGGCCGGGCAGUGCUGUGGGGAGUGCGUGCAGAAGGCCUGCCUCACGCCCGACGGCGGGCUGGUCCAGCCCAAUGAGACCUGGAUCAACAGCCUGGUGGACAACUGCACCGAGUACCACUGCCAGGCCGAGCACGGGGUCCCCGUGCUGAUCCUCAGGCCGACGCCCUGCCCAGACGUGUCCAGCUGCAUGGGCAUCCUCAGGAAAACCGGCUGCUGCUACGUCUGCGAGGAAGUGGACUCCUGCCAGGUCCGCCUCAACAGGACGGUGCUGGAGCACCAGGGCUGCCAGGCCCCCGUCAACCUCACCUUCUGCGAGGGCUCCUGCCCAGGAGUGUCCAAGUACUCCCCGGAGGCCCAGGCCAUGCAGCGCCGCUGCUCCUGCUGCCAGGAGAUCAGGGCCCACGAGGAGGCGGUGACCCUGCAGUGCCCUGACGGGACGGCCGUCCGGCACACCUACACCCACAUCGACGAGUGCAGGCCCGCAGGCCUGCCCAACGCUUUCGACGCUGAGGAGUCGGCCUCGAGGCACAAGGCCGCGCUCACCAAGCAAGUGGUGCGAGCCCCCCAGGCCCUGGCCACCCCGCGGCACACCCUCAGGCUCACAGGACAGGCGUGA